ACAAUUUUUGCAAGAAAAUUAAAAACAAAUUAAAACACAAUGAAUAUUAACUCAUGACAUGCUCUCUUUUUAUGUAUUUGAAUCCUGUUAGAGGUAAUGUCCGUUUAGUUUGUUUAGUUAGUGUUUACUUGAAAUUCAAAAAAUAAAGAUAUUAAAAAAAAAAAUUUGAAAAAUAGAAUUACUUACGGCCAAUUGUGCCUCGAUCCUGCCCCUCCAAUACCUAUAUACAGUGGAGAAAAACGAACAAAAAAAAACAAAGAAGCUAUAUAUAAUAUAUCCACACAAAUCACACAAUUCAAGUAGCUAUUUAUAUUUGAGGUAAAAAUAUUUUAAAAUUUAAACAUAACGGUCAUGCCGAAACGAGAAUGAUGCACGCAGACAGAUGCUCCUUCUAACCCUCCGUUCGCAACUCAGGACAAGACCACCACCGUUUACUGCUACUACUUUUGGCCGAUUUCACAUUGCAUCAAAAUCAAAUUGCUAUGUGGCAAAGUCAUUGAUCGCGGAUGAAGAAGAGGCCUAUACUCUUCUGUUGCGGCGGUGCGUUGAAACCCACGACUUGCACAAGGCCAAAGCAAUCCAUGCCAAAUUCAUCAAGGGAGCUCUUCUCUCUACCCUUUUCCUCCGCAAUCAUCUCCUCAACGUCCAUGUUAAAUGCGGUGAUCUUAAAAGUGGUCUCCAACUGUUCGAAGAAAUGCCUGAGAAGAACGUGGUGUCGUGGACAGCCGUCAUUGCGGGCUUCGUUCAACAUGGUUGUCCCGAGAAAGCGCUCUCUCUGUUCUGCUGCAUGCGUCAGAAUGGAAUGAAGCCCAAUGAGUUCACUUUUGUCAGCGCCCUCCACGCCUGCUCCUUCUUUGAGAGUCUCACUCAUGCCUACCAAGUUUAUGCCAUGAUUGUCCGGUUUGGAUUUGGGUCCAAUGUUUUUUUGGCGAAUGCAUUUUUGACGGCUUUAAUAAGGCAUAAUGAAUUGUCGGAGGCUUCAGAAGUUUUUGAGGAGUGUCAAAAUAAGGAUAUUGUGUCUUGGAAUGCCAUGAUGACUGGGUAUGUGCAGUUCUCCUACUCGCAAGUUCCAGGCUUUUGGUUUAGGAUGAACCGUGAAGGUGUGAAGCCAGAUAACUUCACUUUUGCUAGUGUUCUUACCGGGUUGGCUGAUCUUUCUGAUCUUAAAACUGGAUUGCAGGUUCACGCACAGCUUGUUAAGUCUGGUCAUGGAAGUGAGAUGUGUGUUGGGAAUUCUUUGGUAGAUUUGUAUUUGAAAAAUCAAAACUUGGUUGAUGGUAUCAAAGCUUUUGAUGAAAUCCCUUGUAGAGACGUUUGCUCCUGGACUCAGAUGGCUGCAGGGUGCCUGAAUUGCGGGGAAGCAAGCAAAGCGCUUGGGGUUAUCAGAGAAAUGAGGAAGUUGGAUGUGAUGCCGAACAAAUUCACUCUCGCCACUGCCCUUAAUGCCUGUGCUAAUCUGGCUUCUUUAGAGGAAGGGAAGAAAGUUCAUGGAUUAAGAAUUAAACUUGGGGAUGAUGUUGAUGUCUGUGUGGAUAAUGCUCUGAUUGACAUGUAUGCAAAAUGUGGAUGCAUGGAGGGUGCAUUGGGGGUUUUCCGAUCAAUGGAUGAUCGUUCCAUUGUUUCGUGGACAUCAAUGAUAAUGGGGUGCGCGCAAAACGGACAUGCUAGGGAAGCUCUUAAAGUUUUUGAUGAGAUGAGGAAAGAGAGCGUGGAGCCUAAUUAUAUCACUUUCAUCUGUGUGCUUUAUGCAUGUAGUGCAGGAGGACUCAUUGAUGAAGGAUGGAAGUAUUUCUCUUCUAUGACCCAUGACCAUGGGGUAUCCCCUGGAGAAGAUCACUAUGCAUGUAUGGUUAAUCUGCUUGGCCGUGCAGGGCGUAUCAAAGAAGCUGAGGAGUUGAUCCAGGGAAUGCCAUUUCAACCGGGUGUUCUGGUUUGGCAAACUUUGCUUGGUGCUUGCCGGUUACACGGGGAUAUAGAAACUGCAAAACGCGCAGCAGAGCAUGCCUUUGAUCUAGACAAAGAAGACCCUUCAACUUAUGUUUUGUUAUCUAACAUGUUUGCUGGUUUGAGCAAUUGGGAAGGAGUAGGGACGUUGAGAAAACUAAUGGAAGCUAGGGAUGUAAAGAAAAUGCCUGGUUCUAGUUGGAUUGAAACAAGCGGAGAUCACUUAAUGCCUACAGUAGUAGAUGGAAGAUUCAUAUAAAUGGUCAACUGGCACACUUUUACCAAAUGAUCUAAAUAGACUCUCUUUCAUCUGAACUUUGCUCUGUUGCGAACUUGGCAUCAACAUGUUUCAAAUUUCCAGUAUGUAUUGGCAAACAUUCUUGUAAUCUGAACCCAUGCUUCCACCUCGCUUUCCUGUUGUAUCAAACUGAAUUUUAUAGAAAAAACACAUCACCAUCACCAAUAGUGCUUUGUUUUCAAAGGUUUAGAAAACAGUCCUUUCCAAAGGUUUAGAAAUGUGAUGCAGAAAAGUCUCCGUUCCGUAACACUAAGAGGAAUUCACUUUGCUUGGCUUUGGUUGCAGAAGCUAUGGCUUACUCUCGGUCAUUGUAGUACUGGAUGCAUCUUGCAGGCUUGUUCUCCUUCACACCUUCUCUCCUAUUGUAGAAGAUGAACGUUCCGUCUGAAGUCCAAUGGGGGUUUGGAAUGUCUUCUGCAAUGCAUGUCCAUGACCAAAGUAGUCACACUACAUCUCCUUUGUCUAUCAUCUCAAAGACUCAAACCUGUGUCCUUCGACAUCAUCUCUACAAGACCAAUGCCUAACACGAUUAUCAUCUACACAUUACAUGGAUGUUUUUCCCACCCUCCCUUUUGUAUUUUAUUAAUUGGCUCAUUUGUUUGUGUGUAAAAAUAUUUUAUUUUUCACAACGUGAUCUGGUGAACGUGAUCUGGUGAGCUAGAAACUUUCUUCAUGCCAAGCGCAAUGAAUUUGAUUCAGGUGUGAAAAGGUAAUUACCACAAAAAAACGCACUCGCAUGUUUCAUUUAUAUUCGAGUGAUUAUGCUUAAAAAAAAAAAAAAAAAAAAAACUAGAAA